AUGGGAUGCUCCGCUGCCGCGUCACCUAACAGACCGGACCCUUCCCAUAAUUACCAGCUGACACCAGAUGAGAGGGGUGGAGCACCAGCUAGCCAAUCAGAAGAGAGGGGCGGGGCCACACCAGCACAAGCGGUCAGGACUCUGCCAGAAAGGGCCUCACCUGCUUCCAGAGAGAUGGAGCGAGGCGGAGAUGACAGUAAAAAUACUUCUGAUACUCUGCUUCCUCUCAACCUCUCCAGGGGAGACGCUCCUCUGAAUCUGUCUGUGACUCGAUCAGACACCCAAUCAGCGAGCAGCCUGAUGACUGAGGGGAUUGUGGGUAGAGUGACAUCACAAGAGGACCACCAUUUGCCCGUGGAGAAAAGCGCUGCGUUUGCUCUCUGUCAGCUGGCUCAGUCCGGCGUCACACACCUGAACAGAAGCAUCACUUACUCUCCAUCCAGAGUCUGUCAGGAGCAAGAAACAAACCCUUCUUGGGUCCGGAGUCCAGCGCGUGACGCCAAAUCAGGUGUAGACGCAGAAGACUCCGCCCCUUCCUCUGACGCUGCAGAGGUCUCCGCCCCCUCGUUACAUGUUCUGCAUAAAAUACGGACAAAGAAAUACAGAAAAAGCAGCCUGAAGAGAAAACAGACAGGCAGCCAAAGAAAAUACAAUCUGAGGAAGAGAUUUAGUGUCAGAAAUAAAUAAACUCUUUUAUAGCUAAUGAAGUUUAAACGUUUCAGGGAAACUCAGCUCUUAUAAACUAUCGUGUGAAGUAUGGAAUCAUGUAUUUAUACUUUUUUUUACUGCUACAAUAAUAAUGUCCUUGCAUUGUCUUCGUACUUUUCUGGUUGCAGGUUUUCAUACGUGCAUGCAAAUAAAAAAUGGUCAAACUGG